AAGGGGUGGCAGCGGCAGCCACAGAGCGGCGGGGAGCAGAGCCAGAGCCAGAGCGGUGCCGAUGGAUUUCCAAGCAGGCAUCCUGCAGGAUGGCAGCCCCAUGGAGAGCCUGGAGAAGCAGCUGAUCUGCCCCAUCUGCCUGGAGAUGUUCAGCAAGCCGGUGGUGAUCCUGCCCUGCCAGCACAACCUCUGCCGCAAGUGUGCCAACGACGUCUUCCAGGCUGCCAACCCCUACUGGCAGAGCCGGGGCAGUGUGAUCUCUGGGGGCCGGUUCCGGUGCCCAUCCUGCCGCCACGAGGUGCUGCUGGAUCGCCACGGGGUCUAUGGGCUGCAGAGGAACCUGCUGGUGGAGAACAUCAUCGACAUCUACAAGCAGGAGUGCUCCAGCAGGCCACUGAAGAAGGGGGAGCACCCCAUGUGCAAGGAGCACGAGGAUGAGAGGAUCAACAUCUACUGUGUCACCUGUGAGGUCCCCACCUGCUCCAUGUGCAAAGUCUUUGGUGCCCACAAGGACUGCGAGGUUGCCCCCCUGCAGAACGUCUUCCAGGGCCAGAAGACCGAGCUGAACAACUGCAUCUCCAUGCUGGUGGCAGGGAACGACCGGAUCCAGACCAUCAUCACCCAGCUGGAGGACUCCUGCCAAAGAACCCAGGAGAACGGCGAAGCGGCCAGGCAGGAGCUGUGCGCUCGCUUCGACGCCCUGGCGGCGCUGCUGGAGGAGAAGAAGUCCGAGCUGCUGCAGCGCAUCAGCCGCGAGCAGGGGGACAAGACCAGCUUCAUCCAGGGCCUCAUCUGCCAGUACAAGGAGCAGCUGGAGAAGUCCAGGCGCCUGCUGGAGACGGCCAUCCAGGCCAUGGAGGAGACCGGAGGGGCUGCCUUCCUGAUGAACGCCAAGCAGCUCAUCCAAAUGAUUGUAGAAGCCUCCAAGGGUGGCAGGCUGGAGAAGAUCGAGCAGGGCUAUGAGAACAUGGACACCUUCUCCAUCAGCCUGGAGCACCUCACCGAGGCAGUCCACGCCUUGGACUUCGACCUGGCUGAGGAAGAUGAGGAGUACUUUGAUGGGGAGGAAGAAGAGGUGGAGCAGGAUGUGGCGCCCGAGAGGACAGUGAUGGCUCCCCAGUAGCCAGAGCCAGGUUGCCGGCGCAGGAGGGACGCCGCGGGCGCAGGCUGUCCGGCGACGGGACCUGGGGAGAGGGGGGGGACACGGCAGGGGCUGGUGGCCUUGGGAGCCAGCCCCUGCCCCAGCACAGGACACUUUUCUACGGGGGUGCAAAGAGGCCAAUGCCUCACGUUUUGUAUCUUUGUUUUGUACAGAAUUGUCACAGCUUUGAAUUUUGAGCUAUUUUCUACAGAA